UGAAGAGCUCAUUAGCCGUCAUUAAUCAUUCCAAAACUAGUACACACAAGAUGUUCUUCUCGCCCGCUUCCUCCGCUCGCGCCGGGGUUCGGCAGUGGACAGCGUCGCGGCCGGCUGCCCGGAGUUUCCGCAACUUCCAAACCGGAGGAAGUUCAUCUUCCACUGCAAGUGUGAUACAGUGUCGUCCCUGUGCAGCGCAUCCCGCACGCGUAGAUACUGCAACGGGAGAUAGAAGAAGCGUUCCAUGCUCCGUACCACAUGCGAAAUUUUUCUCUUCCACGAGCACAACUGGACCGGGCGAGCAGAACAAGGGGCGCGGCUCGCUGAGCCUUCCCGAGGAUUUCGUCCGCAAGGACUCCAAGGUGCGAACCCGGGCGCACAUCGACCGGAAGGAGUUCAUCCGGAAACACAGCAGCCAGCUGGAUUCUGAGUAUUCGUUUUCCAGCGAACUCGGUGCGGGAGGCUUUGCGAAUGUGUUUCUGGUGACACACAAACUCACCGGCCAACUUCGUGCGGCCAAGCGAAUUCACAAGAGCAAACUGAAAGGAAACUGGGAAAUGCUGGAGAACGAGGUAUUCAUGAAAUAAUCUUUGAAACAGUUCCACUGGGUGCCGAAGCUGCAAGCGUAGCCAAAUGUUAUCCUUUUGUCUCGCCCCCAACUCUUGCAGGUAAAAGCGAUGCAAGACCUGGAUCACCCGCACAUUUGCAAACUCUACGAGCAUUUCGAGGAGGAGGAGUAUGUUUACCUGAUUCUCGAGUACCUGCAGGGCGUUGACCUCUUCGAGCACAUGCUGAACGUUUUCUCCGACGAAACCCACGAGCCCCAGGGCCGCUUCAACGAAUACGAGGCCGCGGUGCUGAUGCGGCACAUGCUCAAGGCGGUUUUCUGUUGUCACAGUUCGAACAUUGUGCACCGUGACAUCAAGCCCGAAAAUUUCAUGUUCGCGAACAAGGUUUUCUUUUGAUUUUUCGCGUGAUUUUGCUUCACACACAAGCAAUGCAUGCGUUCCUCUACCAAGUUUGUAUGGCAGACACAUGAGAAACAAAAAAAAUCGCUGCAACCAAGGUUGAUGCCACUCCAGACCUGCGGAUGAUCGAUUUGGGCUUGUCGAAACGGGACCAGCAAGCUGGCGAUGGCAACAUCACUGGGGUUGAGGGAACCCUGGCCUAUAUGGCGCCGGAAAUGCUGCGCGGAGAGCCGUACAACCGGAAGUGCGAUGUGUGGCCGCUGGGUGCGAUUUGCUACAUCAUGCUGUGCGGGGAGCCGCUGUUUACUUUAACUGACGAUAACGCAGCAGUGCAGGAAAUUCAGAAUGGCAAUUUCGUAAAGCGGAAGCUGCAGGAAAAGCGCCGGAUUUUGAGUCCUGACGCCAUGUCCUUUCUCAAGGCAACUCUUGCAUUCGAUCCGUCGAGACGUUUGUCCGCGAAACACGCCCUUUGCCACCCGUUCGUGAUGAAAACUUACAUGGAGGAUGGUCUGGUUUCCGAACGCGAUCCGGAAAAACUGAAGAAAAGUAUUUUGUUAGUUGUCACACCUAUUUCCUACUGAUUUUUCCAUAGAUCUGUCCUCUCGCUCGGCCAAAACACAGUGAAAAUUUUCAAUUUUUUUUCCCUAACUUCGCCGCAACAUGAACGUUUUCUCGGACGAAAUAAUCAGUUCUCUCGAUGGGCGAGGUGCUGGAGCGCAUGCGACGGUUUUCGGAGCUUAGCACGCUGAAGCGGUCGAGUUUGAUUGUUCUGGCGCACAUGAUCGGCACCAGCGCCGACGAAAUGGAGGCCUACCGGCUGACGUUCCGCCAGCUGGACACGGACGGAAGCGGGUCGCUCUCCCUCGAGGAGUUCAAGGAGGGCAUCCAGCGGGAGUCGCUGCGCUUGGACCAGAAGCCGAUCGAGUUUCCGGCGAACUUCAACGAUGAGAUCUGGCCGGCGGUGGACCUCAACGAGAGCGACGAUAUCAAUUUUACCGAAUUUUUAGCCGCCUGCCUCAGCUCCGACCAGUACAACGAAAGCCACUGGCGGGCGGUCUUCCAGGUGCUGGACGUUAACAAGAACGGGCACUUGAGCGCGGAAGAUUUUCGAGAACUGUUUCACGACAACGAAGAGAAGGAAGUCCUGGACAUCUGGCACGAAAUUUGCGACAAAGACGAUGGCACGCUCUCCGCCGAGCAGUACAUUCAUUUUAUGCAAAACGAGGUACCGGCGUAACGACAUUCGAAGUUCAGUUUUGAAGCGUUCAGCACAGAAACUGUCCUUCCGGACUUGUAGCUGAAAUAAAAAAGAUUAGCAACACAGAGGGAGAGGAUGCUCUCAGUGUAUCGACCUUUUAUUUCACAAAUGGUGCGCGGCCAAGUUUAUUGGCGUAAGUACAUUUUCUGUCAUUUUCCAGCGUUCUUCUUUACGGCACUCCAACAAACAGAAUGACUUUUGCAAUUAUGUCUCCCCGACGAGAUUAACACCCAGAAAUCGCAGCAAAAAAACUAUUGCGCACUCCCGUAGAACGUUUCGCCACAAAAAGAGAACAGGUACACGUGAUCAGCUCAAUUUUGAAGCAAAGUACACAAGUUAGUUUAGUUUCCGUUUCAGACAAGAAUUGAAGAAUUUUUUUGGUGACAAGGAAGAAAGCAGUAUGGAAAAAUGCAGUGAGGCUGAGGAGCCGAAGUAUGUACUGAAUGUCUCUUUCCUACUAAUUCCGGAUGUAGAGUAAAACAACGCACACUGGAAACACAUCGAUCCGCUGCUGUUGAAGAUGUAAGUAGAACUACGCACCAAAAUAAGUCACCCGGCUGCUGUCGGUCUCGAAAGAAAAAACAGACACACUACUUUUCGGUUUCGUCC